AUGAUAAACUCCACACAGGUUUCAUAUUUCACAUUUGAUGCCUACUUUGACACUGGGAUUUUUAAAUAUUUAUAUUUCCUGAUUAUUAUGGCAUUGUAUGUUUUAAUUAUCUGUACCAAUGUGCUGCUUAUUGUUGUUAUUUGUAUGAACAGAAGUUUACAUGAACCCAUGUACAGGUUUCUGUGCAGCCUGUUUGUCAAUGACCUCUAUGGUAGUACAGGGUUGUUUCCAUUCCUCCUGGUUCAGAUCCUCUCUGACAUUCACACUGUUUCUGUUCCCUGUUGUUUCCUGCAGAUAUUUUGUGUGUACACAUACGUAUGCACAGAAUUUUCUAUCUUAGCCAUAAUGUCCUAUGACAGAUACCUUGCUAUCUGUUAUCCUCUACAAUAUAACACACGCAUGACUUUCACCAAGGUUGUCGUGCUUACCUGCUCUGACACCAGAGCAAACAACAUUUCUGGACUUGUUCUUACUGCUGUCAUAGUUGUCAUUCCUUUAACUUUAAUCCUUUACACAUACAUGAGGAUCCUUAAAGUGUGUUUUUCUGGCUCCACACGGACCAGACAGAAAGCUGUCAGUACCUGCUCACCUCACCUUGCUUCUCUGCUCAACUUUUCUUUUGGGGUUUGCUUUGAAAUAUUAGGGAGCAGGUUUGAAAUGAAAGGUGUACCCAGUUUGUUGCAAAUUGUUUUAUGUUUAUACUUUCUGACAUGCCCACCGCUCUUUAACCCUGUACUGUAUGGACUGAAACUGUCCAAAAUCAGCAUUGUAUGUAAAGGUCUGUUGUUACAUUCUGCUGUGAAGUGCAGAUCAUCUCAGAAAUCUAAGCAGUUUGACUAA